GCUGCAUUAUUAGUACUUCCAACAAAUAUGGCGGUGUAUUAGCGAAGUUGCGCCCUUAUUACUUUGUCACACCAGUGCAUAUGUUUCCUUUUAAUUUAUGAAUAAUAAAGGAUCUAAUAAGAAGAUGGCCUCAAAUAACGGAGACAGUGCUGGUGUGAGGACCAGUGUGGCAUCACAGUUUUUCAAUGAAGACGAGGAUACGGCUGUUGUCGAUAUGACCACAAGUGAAAAGGUUGUUGAUCUCCUGAACCAAGCAGCUCUUAUUGCUACAGACAGCAAACUCACAGUUCUCAAACAGGUCCAGGAACUGAUCAUCAACAAGGACCCCUCUUUACUUGACAAUUUCUUAGAUGAGAUCAUAGCCUUUCAGACCGAUAAGUCAAUGGAAGUAAGAAAGUUUGUCAUCGGCUUCAUUGAGGAAGCAUGUAAGAGGGACAACGAGCUCCUGCUAAAACUGAUUGCCAACCUGAACAUGCUGCUGAAGGACGAAAGUGUCAAUGUGGUGAAGAAGGCUAUCCUCACACUCACUCAGCUCUACAAAGUGGCGCUGCAGUGGUUUGUGCGUUCCAAGACCAUGUCAGACAUGCAGGAAGCAUGCUGGGACAUGGUGACUCAGAUGAAGGAGGAAGUUCUGGCUAUGCUGGAAGUGGACAAUGAUGGAGUCCGCACACACGCUAUCAAGUUCACAGAGUCUCUCAUCAUCACUCUUUCACCGAGGACGUCAGACUCUGACACUCCCAAGCGCCAAGAGGGAGACAUCAGCCUGGAUAAAAUCUCGAAAGACCAUGCCUAUAUCCGCUACGAUACCCUGUGUGGGGAGGGCAAGUCUGCGCUGGAGCAGCUUCUGAAGUUCAUGGUCCACCCUGCUAUCUCCAGCAUCAACCUGACCACCGCACUGGGUUCCCUGGCCACACUGGCCCGACAGAGGCCUAUGUUUAUGUCUGAAGUGGUCCAGGCUUAUGAGACUCUGCAUGCCAACCUACCCCCAACGCUGGCCAAGUCUCAGGUAAGCAGUGUACGCAAGAAUCUGAAGUUACACCUGAUGGCAGUGCUCAAGCACCCCUGCAGCCUGGAGUUCCAGGGCCAAAUCAGCACUCUGCUCCUAGACCUGGGGAUGUCCCAGAAUGAAAUAACCCGCAACACACCAGCCCCACGUGAACCGCGCAAAAGGCCCCGCCAUGAGCCCUACACAGAGGGCAAAAAGCUCAAGAUUGAGCCCGCUCUUAUAGAAGACGAUGAAGAUAAAGAAGAGCCGGCCGCCCCUUCCGUCCCAAAGCCUUCCUCUGUGCCAGUAGCACAGUCAGCCAUCCACCUCACGGCGGAGUUCCUUCGCCCCCUGCUCUCCCCAGAGAACGUGGCCAAUCUGGUUCUAAUCAGCAUGGUGUACUUGCCUGAUGUCAUGCCAGCAUCCUUCCAGGCCACAUACACACCAGUGGAGUCUGCAGGAACAGAUGCCCAAAUCAAACACUUGGCCAGAAUGAUGGCCACUCAGAUGACAGCAGCUGGAGUUGGACCAGGACUGGAGCAGUGCAAAGCACGAGAUGAGAAAGCUGGGAAGGAGGAGGGCAUGGAUGAAGGCUUAGGGGAGUCCUCCAAAGACCUGCUCAUCAAGCGUAAAGUACCAGUUAUGGGUCAAGCCAUCUCUGUGGUUGGAGGAGGCUAUGGAGAGAAGAGCCAACCUGAAACGGGGGAAGCCCCCCAGGUCAAGAGGCUGCCUGAGCCCAUCCUCCCCUCCACACAGAUCAAAACACCUGGUGCAGGUGGGAAGAGGAAAGUGUUCAGAUUGGCUGAUGUGAUCCAGCCGUUGACAGAUACCCAGCUUGAGAAGUUGACCAACAUGGCUGUCAAGCGUAUCCUGCACUCUGAAAAAGCUAUAGCACAGAGUGGGAUGGCCCAUGUGCGUGUGAAGCUCCUGUCCAGACUUGUGACCCAGUUUGAGGGGGUGAUGAAGGAUGAUGUGCUGGAGUUCAUUCUGGAGGACAUUAGGACCAGGAGCGACCUGGCCUUCUCUCUUCUCUACCAGGAGUACAACACAUACCUCAGUCAGCAGCCCACUGGCUUGUUGGACAGCUACGACCACUGCCUCUUCACUCUACUGUCUGGCCUGCAGGAGAAGCCCGAGCAGAGGGAUGGGCUUUUCACAAAGAUUGUGCUGGAGGCUCCGUUAAUUACAGAAUCUGCUUUGGAAGUAAUACGACGGUACUGUGAAGAUGAGUCGCGGGUGUACCUCGGCAUGACUACUCUGAAAGAGCUGAUUGUAAAACGGCCUUCAAGGCAGUUCCAGUACCUCCAUGUGCUUCUGGACCUCAGCUCACAUGAAAAGGAGAAGGUGCGCUCCAAUGCUCUGUCCUUCAUAAAGCGGAUGUAUGAGAAAGACCAGCUGAGGGACUAUAUUGAGAAGUUUGCCCUGAACUACAUGCAGCUCCUCGUACACCCUAACCCUCCGUCAUUACUCUUUGGGGCUGACAAGGACACAGAGGUGGCCUCCCCCUGGACCGAGGACACAGUGAGGCAGUGCCUGUACCUCUACCUGUCCCUUCUGCCUCUCAACCACCGCCUGGUUCAUGAGCUGGCCUCUGUCUACACUGAAGCCAUUGCUGACAUCAAGCGCAGUGUGCUUCGAGUGAUAGAGCAGCCAAUCCGUGGAAUGGGGAUGAAGUCUCCAGAGCUUCUGCUGUUGGUUGAAAACUGUCCUAAAGGAGCAGAGACUCUGGUCACUCGCUGCCUGCACAUUCUCACUGAUAAAGUGCCUCCGUCACCAGAGUUGGUGGAGAGAGUGAGGGACCUGUAUCACAAACGAGUGCCCGACGUUCGUUUCCUAAUCCCUGUCAUCAAUGGCCUGGAAAAGAAAGAGGUGACCCAGGCUCUUCCCAAGCUUAUCAAGCUCAACCCCAUUGUGGUGAAGGAAGUCUUCAAUCGUCUCCUGGGCACCCAGCAUAGUGAGGGCAGUUCCUCAAUGUCUCCUCUCACCCCUGGUGAGCUUCUCAUUUCUUUACACAAUGUUGACUCAACAAAGUGUGACAUGAAGUCCAUCAUAAAAGCCACCAACCUGUGUUUUGGAGAGAAGAAUGUGUACACGUCGGAGGUCCUGGCCGUGGUGAUGCAGCAGCUGAUGGAGCAGAGUCCUCUCCCCAUUCUGCUAAUGAGAACAGUUAUCCAGUCCCUCAGCAUGUACCCCCGCCUGGGCGGCUUCGUCAUGAACAUCCUGUCCCGACUCAUUGUCAAGCAGGUGUGGAAGUAUCCUAAGGUGUGGGAGGGCUUUGUGAAGUGCUGCCAGAGGACCAAGCCGCAGUCCUACAGCGUGCUGCUGCAGCUCCCACCAGCUCAGCUUACCAGUGUGUUUGAGCGCUGCCCGGAGAUGAGGGAACCUCUUCUACAGCACGUCCACUCUUUCACCCCCCACCAGCAAGCCCACAUUCCCGCCUCCAUCAUGACAGUCCUGGAGGCGAACAGCAAACAGCCAGAACCAGAGGCCAUGCAGCCUGUAGUAUUGGAGAGACAGGUUGAGACACCCGUUGCAACUAUCGCACCUGUUUCAACCAUUGCACCCGUUGUAACCUUCGCACCUGUUGCAACCAUCGCAACCCCUCCAGUACUGGCAGAACCUAUUCCAGUGCAGCUGAGAGAUCCAGAGCCAGCAGUCCAGCAGCAUCUGCCAAAUACAAAAGAGGAAGAGGAGCCCAUGGAGGAAGGAGAGACAGCCCCCGCUAGUCAAGAGGAAACUGCAGACACCGCUUUGCAGGUGGAUUUGCCAGUAGUGGAAGAAAACCCCACUCCGGAUCCUGUAGAGACCGUGGAGGAACCAAUGGAGGAGGCACCUACUGAAACUUCAGAUGUCACUGACCAAUUAAAAGAUGUCACCGAAGACGGUACCACAGAACCUGAGGCUGGCACAGGAGAUGCAGAAUGAUGUUUCAUCUGAGGAAGGGCAUAAAGGAGAAUAUUAUGAGCCGAGGGUGAACUGUUGCGACUUCACCUCUGUAUUUGUACUGGCUCUUACCCUUAUGAACCUCUUGAAAGUAACCAUUCUUGGUCAUCCAAAAAUAUCUGUUAUGUGUCCUCCGUUUUGUAUUUGUCGAAAUUGCGAAAUGCACUGGGGAAAUCUAGUCAGGAAAAAUAUUUACUACAAUUUAUUUUACUUUUGAAAGUCCUUAAUAGAAAAUGUCUUUGUCAUGAGAAUAAAAUAAAACACAUUUUUGUUUA